GGCCGAAGACUAAACUAAACAAAUCUGGCCAUCGCUGUUAAGCCCGCCCUCAUCCGCAGCUUGUACAGAACACGCUGGGACGACGUGGCCGGCGCCUGACUGGGGAAGGGCAGCUGUCAAUGAGUUGCGUGUAGGUGUCCGCCUCUCCCCGCUCCCCGCUCCACACGGAAUCCCGCAAACCUCCGGCAAGGGCGUGUGAUACGUUGAACCGUUUCAACUUGGUUGGAAUUUGCUGCCUGGGGCGAGCCGCUGGGAAAGUCCGUUGUCAUAGACAAUCCGAAAUUGUGGGCAUCAUCUCGUCUGCUGUGUUUCUAUGUUCCUUAUCCAAACGGGGACGGUCAGCGCCCUGGAGGUGCAGACUUUAACUCGACUGUUAAGCAAGGCAGCCAUUUAUUGUCAGACAGAAAUCUUUGAACCUUGGGCUGGUGACGUUUUAUCGUUUUUUAAUAUUUGUUCUACGUAACCAUUUCCCCCCCCCCGCGCAUACACAUCGCCUCCCUGCGUGACCCCCAUACAGUGGAAAGAAAAUGGAGGCCAAAGCUUUAUGCAAAGGAGACGGAGCUUGUAACGCAGUGGCCCCGGAACCUCAUCGGCUACGUGGUAUUGGGAACAGGGAGCACUCCAGGAAUUCUAGGCCUCCCGGGGAGAGACCCAACAUCAACGAUGAGGAAUACGAGGACUCCGAGGCUGAGCAGUAUAGGGAUGGUCGGAGUGAGGAAGUGAACUGGGAGGCCAAGGUUCAAGCGUAUGCUUGGUGCAAGGAGUUUCUUGCGGGAUCCUGGAAGUUUAUUACUGUGGAUGAGUUUCAGAUCUCAAUCGUCAGUGGAGGCCUCAGUAACCUCUUGUAUCUCUGCACACUGCCAGAUCAUGUGCUGAGUGUGGGCGAUGAACCUCGCCAGGUACUGCUGCGAGUUUAUGGCGCCAUCCUGCAGGGUGUGGAUUCUCUGGUACUGGAGAGCGUGAUGUUUGCUGUAUUGGCAGAACGUGCCUUGGGACCAAGAUUAUAUGGAGUGUUUCCGCGGGGACGUUUGGAGCAAUACAUUCCAAGCCGUCGACUGCUGACUGAAGAGUUGGGACUUCCAGAUAUUUCAGCAGAGAUAGCAGUAAAAAUGUCUCGAUUCCACGGAAUGGUCAUGCCCUUCAACAAAGAACCAAAGUGGCUGUUUGAGACUAUGGACAGGUAUCUCAAGCAGAUAAUGGGAUUGACAUUCGUCAGAGAGGCACAUGUGAAAAAGUUUAAUAAACUGAAGACUUUCAACCUGCCAGGAGAGUUGGCGAGUUUAAAGUCGCUUCUUGAAGCCACAUGGUCACCUGUGGUUUUUUGUCAUAAUGAUGUACAGGAAGGUAAUAUUCUCUAUUUGGCGGACAAAGACGCAACAUCCACAGAUAAAUUGAUGCUGAUUGAUUUUGAGUACAGCAGCUACAACUACAGGGGCUUUGACAUUGGGAAUCACUUCUGUGAAUGGAUGUAUGACUACACUUAUGAUCAGUGGCCUUUCUUCAAAGCUAAUAUGGAGAAUUAUCCUAACCGACAGCAGCAGCUUCACUUCAUCAGACAUUACCUUUCUGAAUAUUCGGGGAAUAAAGGGGACUCGGUGCAUGAUGAUCAGUUGAAAAUUGAAGAAGAGAUGAUCAUUGAGAUCAACAGGUAUGCCCUAGCCUCUCACUACCUGUGGGCACUCUGGGCUAUUAUACAAGCAAAGCUUUCCACAAUUGAGUUCGGUUACAUGGAUUAUGCCCUGUAUAGACUGGAAGCCUACUUUGAUCAGAAGAGAAUACUUGGUUGACUUGCUGUACAGUGCUAGCACUGCUUGGAAUUUAGCACGUUUCUGUUAUUAAUUAUUU